GAGAAUAUUUUGUAUGGAGUUCACUUGUGAUUCCAGUAUUGCCACUCUCCAUGCAUCUCACCUACUGUAAAUAUGUUAAUCUCAAACUACAUUUUUAGUCUCUUAGCGUUGUUCUCGGAAUACUAACGCUACGAUUUUGUGUAAAGAAAAAUUACCAACCAGGUGAAGAACAUAAAACAAAACAAAAUUGGAUAAGACUUCAUAUCAAAUACUGUGUCGUUGGCAAAAUGUGAAAUGGCUAACGCGCUGUUUUGUUAGUCUGGUUAUGUCGACCUUAACCAUGUGUUCCUUAAAAAACACGCCAUUGUGAUAAGUAAAGUGAUUUAAUUCGUUUUUAAUAAGAAUUUAUUGUGUUUUUGUUCGUAAUAUAUGAAACAUUUUGUGAAAUUGGAUUUAAUCAUAGAGACUAAAUAAGUUUUGGAUGACAGAGUGUAAGGUUAGGGUGGGCAGCGUGUGAAUGUUCAAGUGAAUAAAUUGUGCAUUAUAUUUAUAUCAUUAAGAUGUCAUCAAAACGCAAGUCAACUCUCGAUCAGAUAGCAGAAUUCUUGCAACCUGCUCCAGAAAUUGGUUCAGAUGAUGAGUUUGAUUUUGAUACGAGAGCAAAAGUAAUAGAAGAAUUUGAAGAUGAGUUUAGUGGAGACGAGAAACUACACCGGCCAAUUUUAAAGCAGAGUGCGGCACUCGAUGAUGAUCCUCGAUAUACGGGUAAAAAGAUUUCAAGGAGAGAUGUUGGGGUUGCUGAAGAUAGUGAAAUUGAAUCUUCAGAGGAGCCAGAACCUGUGCUUCUCCAACAUCCCGAAUCAUCUGAUUCAGAAGACUUUAAAUCUGCGGGAGAAGAGGUAGAAGACAAUAAAGAUGAAAGCAAUGAGGAGGAACUGGGUGGUGACUCAGAUGAAAAUAGUGAUAUGGAAGAUUAUGAAAGUGCAGAUAAUGAUGAAUACUCUAUAAUGAAUUCAAAAAAUACUGAAGCCAUGGAGGAAGAUGAUGAUGAAGAGGAAGGUGAUGAAACUUUCCAGCAUGUGUCGUCUGCGAAGAAUGUGGAAUCAGAGAUAGAAAAAGGUAAAGCUGUCAGAAAUCAACUAAAUUUAUGGGAUAAUCUUCUUGAAUGUAGGAUACACUUGCAGAAGUGUCUCAUUCCUGCAAAUAGAUUUCCUAAGCACUACAAAAUAGAGCAAUUUAAACAAGAGGGGGGUCAACAAUUUGCUUCAGAAAUGAAAAAAACUACACGCAAUGUCAGAAAGUUAUUAGAUAAACUUGUUGAUCUUCAAGAAACACUAAUUAAAAAUUAUAGUGAAACAAAAAAAUUGGGGCAAAAAACUAAAAAAGGGAAAAGUGUUUCUGAUGAAGAAAUACCAAGUGAUUCUGAUGUAGAUGGUGAAGGUGGUGGUGAUGAUGAUGAUGGUGAUGAUGAAUCAUUAAAAGCUGAGCCUUCUAAAAAGAAGAGACGGCAUUGUGAGGAUUAUGAAGAUGUGUUAAAUUCUGUUCACAAACAAUACUUGGAGUUCCGUGAUGCAACAAUCCAGAAGUGGAAUGAUCGUACAAGACUUAUUACUGGUAAAGCCAGCAGUCGUGAUUUUUCAGCAUUUGAACAGAGCACUCUGCAACAAAUUCGCCAUGUCCUUAGCAACCGUACUCGCCUUUUGCAACGCACUCGUGUGCCUCGCACUGUUGGUCAAAUCUUAGGAGAACCAGAGCCUUCUGAGAACUUGCAACCUGAUCAUGAUCCAGAGAUCUUUGAUGAUAGCGAUUUUUAUCAUCAGCUUCUGCGAGAGCUGAUUGAAAGGCGGUCAGAUGACUCGACCGAUGCGAAUACACUUGGACGACGUUGGGCAGCUCUUCAGAAACUGCGCACCAAAAUGAAGCGUAAGGUUGACACUCGGGCAACUAAGGGUCGUCGCUUGCGCUACGAUCCCCAUCAGAAGCUGGUGGGCUUCAUGGCACCUGUCGAGUCUUCUACAAUGUGGAAUGACAAGGCUGUUAAUGAACUAUAUAAUUCUCUUUUUGGCAAGAAAGUCUAGUGGGGAAAAUGUACCUUGCUUCUGUAAUAAUUCCAUUUGAGAAGCAUGUUUUUUAGCUUGCAUUUUGUUGUAAAUGUUUUAACUUGUUAAUAUGCUCUCAUAAAUAAUUUCUGAAAAGUUGUAUAUUAAAUGUUGUAUAAUUAUAUGUAUAUGUUAUGUAUAUUAAACAUAAAUAUUGAAAAGAAAAGAUUCAGAAGAAAAUAAUUUUAAAGAAAGAACACUAUUUUUCUUUCCUGUACAAAAUUUGAUCUUGAUCUGUUUUGCUGUUAAUGUUUUUGAGAAUGUGUAUUUUAAUUUGUUUGUGGGAGUGCUGGUUGCCCUUUUUUUAAAACUCAUUGUCAGUUUAAAAAUUAAAAUAAUUAACCAGGGCUUUUGAGUUGAUAAUGUUGUGCCAUUCUUUUUUGUGUUUGGGAUGUUUGUGCAUGAAUAACUUCCUAGCGCCUACUACAAUUAUUUACAGGUCUUGAAAAGGCAUUACUUUGUUAUGAAAUGAUCUAAAAUCAAUAAAAUAUCGCUUGAAAUUUCCCUUUUAACAUUCCUAUUUUCUAAUACCGUAUUUCUUUCAUUGAUUGUUUCAUUUACCACUUUGCCAAAAAAUAUAGUUUAAAAAACUGAAUUAUAUGUCAUUACACUUCGAAUGAUCUUCAAAUUAUUAUUUUUAAGUGUUCAGUACGGCAAUUUGAAAAACAAUGUGACAACGCCCGAGACAAGAAUGAAAUGAAUGAUAUCUGACGUGUUAUGUGGAUACACGUGUAUACUUAAGAGAAUGCAAAACCAUUAUAUUUGACUUGAUUAGAAUUUAUUUUUGCAUGUGUAAUUUUAUAUCAUAGUUAAAAUAGCCUUCGGUGUUUUUAAUCCUUAUCUG